AGCAGCGCGCCGGCCUGAAAGCGCCCGGAACCGGGGCAGGUGAGCUGGGAAGCAGGGACCAGGACCCUCCGGGACCAUGAGCGCCUCCAGGCUCUAUACGUUGGUGCUGGUGCUGCAGCCUCAGCGAGUGCUCCUGGGCAUGAAGAAGCGGGGCUUCGGGGCCGGCCGCUGGAAUGGCUUCGGGGGCAAAGUUCACGAAGGAGAGACCAUCGAGGACGGGGCCAAGAGGGAGCUGCAGGAGGAGUGCGGGGUGACCGUGGACGCGCUGCGCAAGGUGGGCCACAUUACGUUUGAGUUCGUGGGGGAGCCCGAGCUGAUGGACGUGCACAUCUUCUGCACAGACAGCGUGCAGGGGACGCCCACGGAGAGUGAGGAGAUGCGGCCUCAGUGGUUCCCCCUGGACCAGAUCCCCUUCGCCCACAUGUGGCCGGACGACAGCUACUGGUUUCCCCUCCUGCUGCAGAAGAAGAAGUUCCAGGGCUACUUCAAGUUCCAGGGCCAGGACACCAUCCUGGACUACAGGCUGCACGAGGUGGACACGGCCUAGCGGCAGGACCAUGCGCGCCCCUCUGGCCGCAGUCACGGCCGCACUGCACGUGGGCCCACCCGGCGAACCACGCCUGGGUUUUGUGUUUGGAACGUGAGUGGAUGGGAAAGAAAAUAAAUGUCUUUCGCCUUUUCA